CGACGCUUGGAGUUGUGCCUGUUGCAAAGAACGAAAGCGCCGCGAAUUCAACGUCACCAUGGACGUACGCAGUCCCAAUCGGAGACUGCGGAUCGUCGUGGACAACCCAGACAAGAAGGAGAAACCCCCGACUCCCAAGAACAUGUACUCGCUGGUCCUUGACACCAAGUACGACCUUCAGUUUGUCGACCCAAAGGAAGAAAAGCAACCGGCAACACCUACUGCACCUCCGAGUUCGCUCGGGUUUUCGUCUCCACACCCCAAGACCUCACUAAAAGGCGCGCGAUCACCCAAGAAAAUCCCAGAAAUUUCCCUUCUCAAGAGUCCUCCCAAGGACAAGAAGGUCGGCAAGAAGCCAGUCGACACUUCUGGCAAUGCCAACGCUGCUCCAGUUCCAACAUCCGUUGUGUCUGCAGCUUCUCCUUCCAAGAAGACAACGUCGUCGUUGGAGUUCCUCCGAAAGUCUCUGGUCAUGGACGUUCCAGAACCGACAAGCGACGACGUCCGCUCUCCGUCAAAGCCAGACACAUUGCAUCCUUCAGCAUCCUCACACCCUUCCGUCCCGUCGCCACAUGGAACUCUUGACGGAACCACUGACGAAGGCCUCAUUCGCGCUGCGGGGCUGCACACGGGCGAGGACGCGAUCUCGUUCUUUGCACGCAACGGUUCUAACAGCCAAAUCAAGUUUGUGCACUUGAACCGAGCGGAAUCGGCGUUGCUGUUCCGGCCGUACGAUCUCACGGUCGUGCUGCCUGGCGACGCGCAGGCCGAGCACUUCACCAUGUCGGCCAGUGGUCUCGUGCACAUCCAACCGGGGUCGCCGUCCGAGUUCAUCGCGCUGGCAGAGUGGAUGCGCCAGUCAACGCUGUUCAACGUGCUCACGAACUUUCGCUUCUACAAGUACUACCUCGUGAACAAAGCGUUCAUGGCAUGGAGCACGCGCGUACGGUACAAGUUGUUUUGCCGCCAGCGCAAGCAGCUGUGCAACACGUUGUACUUGGGCAAGGACAGCUUCUCGACGCCGCUGUUGCAAGUGAAAAAGGUCAUGAUGGAUCUACAGAGCGUGCUGCUGCUAGACUUUCGCGCGCAAAAGACGUACGAAGCCAGCGCGUUCGUCGAGUACCAAGCGACAAAGCGCACGGACGCGUCCAAGCAGUUUGAGUCGUGUGUCGAGAAACUGCAAGCGAUUGCGCAAAAAGUAUGCGCCGACGUCAACAACCUCGCCCGCCAAGCGCACCAGAACGACGACCUGAACGACUUGUCCGUGUCCGUGCAUGCCGACAAGACCAAGUCCAUCGUCGCAGCAAAGCACGAACAGAUUCAGCGCCGUAAGCUGCUCAAGCGCGCGGCGGAAGAAGCGUCCAUGUUGUGCGACUUCAUUCGGCUCAUCGACUACAUCACGACCGAGAACCUCGUGCUGCUGGCCGUGGCGAGUUGCCGCGAAUUCCUCGCCGAGCUGUCCAAGACGCCGCGCAAGACGGGGUUGUUUGAGACAACGAUCCACUUUGGAGACACGGACACGGUGUUUUCGCCCACGUGUGAGCAGAUCCAGGCGAUCGUCGUGAGUAUGACCGACGACAUUGUCGGCGCCGUGAACUCGGUGUCGCGCAUCAUUUACUUGCGCCCGUUUGCCCAGUACAUGGCCAACGCCAUUACAGACGGGCCCCACAUUGGGCCGACGAUCACCCACAGCGUCGACUUUCAGUCGAUUCGCGCCGACUUGGUUGCCAAGAUUCAAAACGACUAUGCGGAAGCCACCGACUACGUCAAGAUAUUUGACAGCGUUCGGCCCAUCUUUGAGUACGACAAGCAGUGGGAUUUUGAAAGCGACUACUCGCAGCGCACGCACACGGUGACGUCGCUCAAGGCGGACAUGCUGCAGAUCGCGACGUGGGAAAAAGAGCUAGAAAAGAUGCGCGCCGGCCAAACGAUUGGCAUUUUGCACGUCGAGAGCCGCAAGUUAAAGCAAAACCUGAUUCCGAUGACCGCGGCAAAGCUGGACGCGAUGAAAGGCCUUGUGAAAGACCAAGCCCGCGCCAAGUGCAAACUGCAGUUGGGCGAGUACAAGCAGCGCAUUCAAAUGCUGAGCCAACGGCCGCAGCACUUGAAGGAGUUUGCGGCGCACGUCGAGCGCGUGCAAGGGUUGAAGCAAAAGCAAAAGGCCCUUGUGAAAAACACCAACGUCGUCGACGAAAUGUACCGUCUCUUGGGCAACUACGGCGUGCGCAUUAGCAGCGAAGACAUGGUCCAGCUAGAUGAUUUGCGAAGCGUCCAGGAAAGCUACAAGGAAGAAACGGACGCCGUCGACGUGUACAUCCACGGCAAGUUGAGUGAAAUGACGCAGCAACUCGACUCGAACAUUGCUCGAUUGGACGAACAAACGGUGCAACUGAACGAGCAACUGCAAACGGGUGCGUUUAUCGACGCGACCAACUUUGACGAGACGGGUAUCGUGCUGGGCGAGCUGGACGUGGUCAAGCAACGUCUGGGGCAACUCGAGGAGCUGUCCAAGCAGUACUCGGAAUACCAAACGCUGUUCAAUAUCGACCCGUACAACUAUGUCAACUUGACAACAACGAUGGAUUACUACAACACGGUGGAAGCGCUGUGGACAGCCGUGGACAAGUGGAACGACCAGCAGCGCAACGUGCUACACAAUCCAUUCGCGGACAUUCAAGUCGAAGAACUUGCCAAGGAUGUGGCCGUAGCGUUUAAAGACGCGUAUGCGAUGCACAAGAAGCUCAGCAACGACGUGACGGCGUUACUCAAAGACAAGGCGGCCGAGUUCAAACUCAAAAUCCCCACGAUUCUCGAGCUCGGGUCGCCGAGCAUGAAGGACCGGCACUGGGAAAAAAUCUUCAAAGCGCUCAACCAACCGUGGUACCCCGGGAUUGCGUUUACACUCGACAACUUGAUCGCGUACGACAUUUUCGAGUUCAAGGACUUGGUGAGUGAAAUCUCGGCCACGUCCUCUGGUGAGGCGCAGAUCGAAGCGUCGCUGAACAAGAUCAAGCUGGGAUGGGAACAAACCAAGUUUACGUGCAUCCCGCAUCGCGAUUCCAAGGAAAUGUUCAUCUUGGGGGGAUUGGAAGACAUUUUGAUGCUGCUCGAAGACAACCAAGUGACGCUGCAGACGAUGAUGGGGUCGCGGUUCAUUCUGGGCGUCAAAGACGAAGUCGACCGGUGGAACAAGAAGCUCGCGCUGCUGUCCGAGACGCUGGAUGAGUGGGUGACCUGUCAGCGCAACUGGAUGUACCUGGAGACGAUCUUUUGCGCCGAGGACAUUCAAAAGCAAUUGCCGAUUGAAGCUCAAAAGUUUCAAUUGGUGGACAAAAACUGGCGCACGACCAUGGUUCGUACCAACGACGACCCGUCCGUGCUCAAAGCGGUCGAGAACGGCUCCGAAAUGCUGGACCAGUUCAAAGUGUCCAACCAGCUGCUCGAGGAGAUCCAAAAGUCGCUCGAAGACUACUUGGAAACCAAGCGCAUGGCGUUUCCCCGGUUUUACUUUUUGUCCAAUGACGAAUUGCUUGAAAUCCUGAGCCAGACCCGUGACCCCCGCGCCGUACAGCCCCACUUGAGCAAGUGUUUUGACGCAAUCAAGUCGGUCCACUUUGAGACGUUGCCGGGGCAAUCGACCCCAAGCAACCGCAUCACGGCCAUGGUGAGUGCUGAAGGCGAGCGCGUGACGUUUCCAAAUGUCGUCGUGGCCCAAGGGCCCGUGGAGAUGUGGCUGCUCGAGGUCGAAAAAGCUAUGCGCGAUAGUUUGUACACCGAGUCGUACGCGUCGUUCAAGGCGUACCCCGUGGAACACGCGAUCGACCGCAAGGAGUGGCUGUUUGCCUUUCCGUCGCAGGUAAUCAUCAUGAUCGACCAAGUGUUUUGGACGCGCAACGUCGGCCUCGCGAUCGUCCAAGUGGAGCGACAUGAAAACGCACAGGCAUUGGACGAGUUCCUAGCGUUCAGUCUCAAGCAGAUCGACGGCAUGGUCGUGUUGGUGCGAAGCGACUUGACCAAAUUGCAGCGAAGCCUCAUGGGGGCCCUCAUCACCAUCGACGUGCACGCGCGAGACGUGGUACGUUCGCUGUGCGCCAACAAGGUGUCGUGCCUCACGGACUUUGAAUGGACGCGCCAAUUGCGGUACUACUGGGAAGAAGAGAUCAACAACUGCGUCGCGCGACAGACCAACACGCGGUUUGUGUACGCGUACGAGUACUUGGGCAACACGCCGCGGCUGGUCAUCACGCCGCUCACGGAUAUCUGCUACAUGACACUGACGGGGGCGUUGCAUUUGAGACUGGGGGGCGCCCCCGCUGGUCCCGCCGGCACUGGCAAGACGGAAACCACCAAAGAUCUGGCCAAGGCGUUGGCAGUGCAGUGCGUCGUGUUCAAUUGCUCGGACGGGUUAGACUACAAGAUCAUGGGGCGGUUCUUUUCGGGAUUGGCCCAAGCCGGGGCAUGGGCCUGCUUUGACGAGUUCAACCGCAUCGAUAUUGAAGUACUCAGUGUGAUUGCCCAGCAAGUUUUGUGCAUUCAACAGGCCAUCAUUUGCAACGCCGACCAGUUUGACUUUGAAGGAAAGCUCAUUCGACUCAACACUGGCUUUGGCGUGUUCAUCACGAUGAACCCUGGGUACGCUGGGCGGACAGAACUACCCGAUAACCUCAAGGCGCUGUUCCGACCCGUUGCCAUGAUGGUACCCGACUACCGCCUCAUUGCGGAAAUCGUCUUGUUUUCCGAAGGGUUUGCCAACGCACUACCGCUAUCGCACAAAAUGACACAGCUGUACUCGCUGUCGUCGGAGCAGCUGUCCAAGCAGGACCAUUACGAUUUUGGCAUGCGCGCCGUCAAGUCGGUGCUCGUGGCGGCGGGGCAGCUCAAGCGAAAGUGGCCCGAGACGCACGAGGACCUGCUGCUCAUUCGUGCGAUGCGGGACUCAAACGUCCCCAAGUUCCUCGAAGCGGACUUGCCGCUGUUUCGUGGCAUCAUCAGCGACUUGUUUCCAGGUGUGGUGGUGCCGUUUGUCGACUACGGGGUGCUGCAAAAGGCGAUUGAAACGCAGCUGGCGGUGCUCAAUCUGCAACAAGUCAACUCGUUUGUGGCCAAGACCAUCCAAGUGCACGAAACGCAGUUGGUCCGCCACGGCAUGAUGCUGGUCGGCGAGGCUGGCAGCGGCAAGUCUACGAACGCGCUAAUCCUGGCCAAAGCGUUGACGGCACUGCACGAGCAAGGUGUCGUCGAUCGCGACGGGUUUUACAAGGUGGUCACACGCCUCAUUCUGAACCCCAAGAGCAUUUCUGCAGGCCAAUUGUACGGGGAAUUCAACCUGCUCACAUCCGAGUGGACGGACGGAUUGGUCCCCAAACUCGUCCGGCAAGCGGUGGCUGAAGCCAGCGAAAGCGACGCGCGGAAUUGGGUCGUGUUUGACGGGCCCGUGGAUGCCGUCUGGAUUGAAAACAUGAACACUGUCCUGGACGAUAACAAGACGUUGUGUCUGGCUAACAGCGAGCGCAUCAAACUUCCGUCCACAUUGCACAUGCUGUUCGAAGUCCAAGACCUGCGCGUGGCCUCCCCCGCGACCGUCAGUCGAUGCGGCAUGGUGUACAUGGAGCAAGUCCAUGUCGGGCUCAUCUCACUCGCGCGCACGUGGAAAGUGAACGUGUUGGACAAAAUCCUGUCGACCGAAUUCGCAACCAUUGUACUGGAACUGGUCGAGAUUCACGUACCGGUGGCGAUUCAGUUUGUCCGAGCCAAGUGCCGCGAAAAAGUGCCGAGCAACAACGGCAACCUCAUGCAGUCGUUUCUGAACCUGCUUGCGUCGUGCCUGUCGGCGCCAUCCGUGGUCGCGAGCACGGCCAGCAACGGGGCCGACAUGGGCUCGCUUGCACGCAUGUACUUCAUCUUCUCCCUGUCGUGGAGCGUCGGCGCCAACAUCGACGACGCGUCCCGGCCAAAGUUCCAUGAGUUCUGCCUCACGCAACUUGCGCAUUUGUUCGAAUAUGUCGGCACCGUGGACAACGUGUACAACUACGCUGUGGACGACACCAAUGCCACGUGGGUGUCGUGGGUGCACCGCACGCCCCAGUUUACGUACGACCCCAAGGCGUCCUACUUUGCGAUGCUCGUGCCGACGCAGGACACGACGAGGUUCCGAUUUCUGCUGGAGCGGCUCAUGUCCAAUGGCCACCACGUACUGUACAGUGGCGAGACCGGGGUCGGCAAGUCUGUGAUCAUCCAGUCGUUUCUGGACGACAUGACCAAGACCGACUCGUUUGUUGCGUCCACGAUGGGCUACAGUGCCCAAACCAAACCCGCGAAUUUGAACGAAAUGCUCGAACUCAAGCUGGAAAAGAAGCGCAAAAACUUGCUUGGGGCCCCCCAUGGCAAGAAGAUGCUCAUGUUCAUCGACGACCUCAACAUGCCGGCGCUCGAAGUGUACGGCGCCCAGCCGCCCAACGAACUGCUCCGCCAAGUGAUCGAUUCCGGUGGGUUCUACGACAUGGACAAGAUGUUCUUCAAGAACGUCAUCAACGUCGUGUUUGCAGCCGCGUGUGCGCCACCGGGGGGCGGCCGGUCGGACGUGACGCCGCGCCUCAUCCGGCACUUCCACAUGUGCUGGAUCCCCAACUUGUCGGCGGACGCGAUGACCCAGAUCUUUGUGUCGAUCCUCAGUGGCUUCCUCGACGUGGAGAUUCCCACGCUGAGUCACAUGUCCACCGCGAUCGUCACGGCCAGUGUGGAAUUGUACCAGCGCGUGGAGGCGGAGCUGCUGCCGACGCCGUCCAAGUCGCACUAUACGUUCAACCUGCGGGACUUGUCCAAAGUGUUUCAAGGCGUGCUCAUGGUGAAGAAAGCCAACGCGUCCACGGCGGACGGACUCGUGCGGCUGUGGCUACAUGAAGAAGCGCGGGUGUUUCGGGAUCGGUUGAUUGACGCCACAGAUCGCGCGUGGUUCAACGCGGCGUGCUCGACGUUGUUAGAAUCCCAUUUGAAGCUGAUCUGGGAACCCGCCGUGUUUGACUCGUGCUUAUAUGGCGACUUUGCGACCCGGGAACAUCGCACGUAUGCUGAAAUGACAGACGUGAGCCGUCUCAACGGCCUCCUGCUCGAGUACUUGGAGGAGUACAACAUUACGUUUCCGAGUCAAAUGCACUUGGUGUUUUUCAACGACGCGAUCCACCACAUCAGUCGCAUUUGCCGGAUUCUGAGGCAGCCACGAGGCAACGCCCUCUGCGUCGGCGUCGGAGGCAGCGGUCGGCAGAGUCUGACGCGGCUGGCAGCGUUCAUGGCCGACUACCGGUGCUUUUCCAUUGAAAUCACGCGCGGGUACGGCGCCGACGAGUUCCACGAAGACCUCAAGACGAUCCUCAUGGUGGCGGGCGCCGAAGCCAAGCCGGUGGUGUUCUUGUUCAGCGACACGCAAAUCGUGGUCGAGUCGUUCCUCGAGGACAUCAACAACAUUCUCAACACGGGGGACGUCCCCAACUUGUACGCGGCCGACGAAAUGGAGAAAAUCGUGAGCAUGGUGCGUCCUAUCGCGGCCGGGAUGGGCAAAGUCACUCGGGAAGACAUCAUCGCACAUUAUUUGACGUUGGUUCGGGAAAACUUGCACUUUGUGCUGGCAUUUUCGCCCAUCGGCGCCGGGUUCCGCAAUCGCUGUCGCAUGUUUCCGUCGCUGGUCAACUGUUGUACGAUCGACUGGUUCAACGCGUGGCCCGAAGACGCGCUGCAUUCCGUGGCGAUUCGGUUUCUAGCUGCGUCGGCGGAGGAGCUGGGUAUCGACGAGCACGUCGAGACGUUGUGCAACAUGGCGGUGACCAUCCAUCGAAGUGUCGAGGCGGCCACGGCCAAGUACUUUAAGGAGCUCAAGCGGCAAACAUAUACGACACCGACGUCGUACUUGGAGCUGAUUCGAUUGUACGUGGAUAUGUUGCGAACGCAGCGCGGACUGGUCAAAGCAAAAGAAGCGCGGUACCGUGGCGGGCUCAAGAAGCUCGCGGAAACCGAAGAGAUUGUCGGUAACCUCAAGAACGAACUGAUUGUGCUGCAGCCCGUGUUGGUCAAGUCUCAGCAGGAAACGUCCGAAUUGCUGACCCAAGUGACCAAGGACCAGGAAGAAGCCGACAAGCAGCAAGUGCUCAUCGAAGCGGACGUGAACGCGGCCAACUUGAUCGCCGACGAAGUCAAAGUAAUCAAGGACGACUGUCAAAAGGAUCUGGACGAAGCCAUGCCGGCGUACUAUGCCGCCAUUGGCGCGUUGAAUUCGCUCAAGAAGGAUGACAUCACGGUCGUUAAGUCGUUUGCGAACCCGCCAAAGAUGGUGGGGGUGACUAUGAACGCCAUUUGUCUGCUCUUUGGGUCGAAACAAGAGUGGAACGAAGGCAAGAAGCUCCUCAAUGACAUGAAGUUUCUAGACAAGCUCAAGGAAUUCGACAAGGACAACAUCCCCCCCAAGACGAUCCGCCAACUGGCCAAGUUUGUCCAAGACGAGGAAUUCACGCCGGAAAACCUCGCCAGUGUGUCGUCGGCUGCCACGUCGCUGUGCAUGUGGGUGCGUGCCAUGUACACGUACGACUCGGUGGCCAAGAACAUUGGCCCAAAGAAAGAAAAGCUCAAGGGCGCCGAAGCCACGCUGGCCGCGGAACAAGCCAAGCUCGAAAUCAAGCAAACGGGGCUCAACGAAGUGCUGGCCAAAGUCGCCGGGCUCAAGCGCACGCUGCAGGAAGCGCAGACGAAAAAAGCCGAGCUCGAGGCGCAGACGGCGCUGACGCAGGCGCAGCUCGGCCGCGCGGAGAAGCUGAUUGACAGUUUGGGCGAGGAAAAGGGGCGGUGGCUGGAAUGCGCCGACAACCUGGGUCUGGACAUGAUCAACUUGGUGGGCAACAUGAUCCUCAGUUCGGGGUGCAUUGCGUACAUGGGGCCAUUCACAGCCGAGUUCCGCGCCGACAUGCAAGUCAUGUGGGUGCGAUUCUGCAAGGAAUCGCACCUGCCCGUGGACAACAACUUUAGUCUGGAGCGGAUUCUGAGCGACCCGGUCGUGGUGCGCGAGUGGAACAUCAUGGGGCUUCCCGCGGAUGCAUUUUCGACCGAGAAUGGACUGUUUGCUACGAUGGGGCGUCGGUGGCCCCUCAUGAUUGACCCCCAAGGUCAAGCCAACAAGUGGAUCAAAAACAUGUACAAAACGUCCAACUUGCAAAUCAUCAAGUUGACAGAAAAGGACUUUUUGCGGACGUUGGAGAACGCGAUUCGAUACGGCAUGCCCGUGUUGCUUGAAAAUGUCGAGGAAGAGCUCGACCCGAGCUUGGAACCGGUAUUACUCAAGCAAGUGUUUAAGCGAUCUGGGCAGAACUUGCUGCACUUGGGGGACGCGGACAUUCCGUACUCGGAAGCGUUUCGGUUUUACAUUACGACCAAGCUCGCGAAUCCACACUACAUGCCCGAAGUGUGCAUCAAAGUGACCGUGAUCAACUUCACUGUGACGUUGACGGGGCUGGAAGAUCAACUGCUCGUGGACGUCGUCCGGAACGAACGGCCCGACUUGGAGCAAAAGAAAGACGAGCUCACGGUCGCGAUUGCCGCCGACAAGAAGGCGCUCAAGGAGAUUGAAGACAAGAUUCUGUACAUGUUGGAAAACUCCAAGGGCAACAUCCUCGACGACGAAGAGCUCAUCGACACGCUAAGCCACAGCAAAGUCACGUCGAGCGCAAUCAAAACCCGCAUGUCCGAGGCGGAAAUUACGUCCAACGAAAUCAACCGCACGCGCGAAGGCUACCGCUGCGUGGCCGUGCGCGGGUCCAUCAUUUACUUUGUGAUUGCCAACUUGGCGCUGGUGGAUCCGAUGUACCAGUACUCGCUGCAGUACUACCAAAAGCUGUUUGUGAUGCGCCUCGAAUUGAGCGAAAAGGCCGACGACCUGCUCGCCCGGCUCGACAUCCUGAUGAACGACGUCACCAUGAGCAUGUUUGUAAACGUGUGCCGCGGACUGUUUGAAAAGGACAAGGUCGUGUUUGCGUUUAUGAUUGUCGCGUCGAUUCUGCGACAGCGUCACGCUAUUUCCACGGCCGAGUGGAACUUUUACCUUAUUGGCGCCAAGCGAACGCACGCGGUGGAUGCGACGCGCAAGCCAAAGUGGCUUCCCGAACGCGUGUGGAUUGGAGUCGAGACGCUCUUGGAGGUGAACCCUGUCGCAUUUGAAUCGUUGCCAGCAUCUUUGGUCGAAUACACUCAGACGUGGCGCGAGACCAUCUUGUACUCGGCGUUGCCGCACCAAGAACCGAUUCCGGGCGAGUUGAAUGAAUCGCUCACGAAUUUCCAAAAGCUGCUGGUGCUGCGCGUGUUCCGAGAGGAAAUGCUCGUGUUUGGCACGCGAGAGUUUGUCGGGCGCGAAGCUGGCGCCUUCUUCACCGAGUCGCCGCCGUUUGAUCUCAAAGGGUGCUACUCGGACUCAGCCCCAGACAUUCCGCUGAUCUUUGUUCUCAGUCCGGGCGCCGAUAUUACAGACUACUUGUUGGAGCUGGCCAAGAACGAAGGCAAGGACGGUCCGGGGCUCAAGAUCAUAUCGCUGGGCCAAGGCCAAGGUCCGAUCGCCGAAGCGCUCAUGAAGACCGCGCGGGAAACCGGCGACUGGGUGUGUCUGCAAAACUGCCACUUGGCGGUCAGUUGGCUAGGGAAGCUCGAGCAACUCUUGGAAAAGAGCAAGGAACUGGACAUCCACCCCCAAUUCCGACUCUGGUUGACGAGUAUGCCGAGUGCCAAGUUUCCCGUGCCAAUCUUACAAAACGGCAUCAAAAUCACCAACGAACCUCCCAAAGGCAUGCGCGCCAACUUGGGCCGCACGUUUCUCGACAUGAAGGACGUGGACUUUGAGGGGUGCUCCAAGCCCCGUGAGUAUAAAAAGUUCAUUUUCGCGCUGGCGUUCUACAAUGCACUGUGCUUGGAGCGGCGCAAGUUUGGCGCCGUGGGGUGGAACAUCCCGUACGAGUGGAUGAACUCGGACCUGAAGACCGGCAUGCAGCAAGUCAAGCUGUACCUGGAGGAGCAGGACGAGGUGCCGUUCGUGACACUCAACGUGAUGGUGGCCGACAUCACGUACGGCGGCCGCAUCACCGACCGAUGGGAUAAGCGGACCAACUCGUCCAUCAUGCGCAAGCUGUUCCACGAGAACCUCCUCGACGACGCGUAUCGCUUUGCCACGUCCAACACGUACUUUGCCCCGGCGACGGGAUCGUUGGAAGACACAAGAAGGUACGUGACGAGUUUGCCGUUGGUCGACGCGCCAGAUAUCUUUGGCCUGCACGCGAACGCCGACAUUACGUUCCAGCAAAAAGAGACGAGUCAGUUGAUCUCGACGAUGCUGCUCAUGCUGGGGGGCGGCGGCGGCGGCGGAAGUGGCGGAGACGCGAGCGACAACGACGCAGUUGUGAUGGAACUCGUGGUGUACAUCCAGGACCGGAUGCCCGACAUGUUUGACGAAGCCCGCGGCCAUGCCGACAGUUUCAAAGAGACAAGCGGUAGCCGCAACUCACUCGGUGUGUUUCUCGGCCAAGAAAUGAUCCGGUUCAAUGGUUUGAUGCACGUGAUGAACACAACACUGGAGAACCUCAAGCGCGCGAUCAAGGGGCUCGUGGUCAUGUCGGGGGCACUCGAGCGCAUGUACACGGGGUUCCUUCUGCAGAAAAUCCCCAAGGAGUGGGAGGACGCGGGGUAUCCGUGCCUCAAGCCGCUGAGUUCGUGGGUCGAAGACUUUUUCCGGCGACUCGACGCGAUACACACGUGGUUAGUGGAUGGCCCCCCGCAGUCAUACUGGCUGCCAGGGUUCUUCUUUCCCCAGGGAUUUAUGACUGCCGUCAAGCAAGUGUAUUCCCGCGAACAUGAGAUCGCCAUCGACGCGCUCAUCGUCACAUGCGAGGUGCUGUCGCACGGCGUCGACGGUGUCACAGGACCGCCGGCGUUUGGGUGUUACAUCUCGGGGCUGUUUAUGGAAGGCGCGCGCUUCGACCGGACGACCAUGCGGAUCGGCGAGUCGACCCCCGGCGACCUUUUUGACCGGAUGCCCAUCGUGUGGCUGAAACCCAUGCGCAGCAUCGAGUACAAGCCCAAAGGAGUGUACGAGUGUCCGCUGUACAAGACGUCGACGCGGGCAGGGACGCUGUCGACCACUGGCCACUCGACCAACUUUGUCGUAGCGCUAGACAUCCCCACCAAGCAAGCGCCGGACCAUUGGAUUCGACGCGGCUGUGCCAUGCUGUGUAUGUUGGAUACGUAGGCCGGUCGGCAAGGAACGGAAAAAAAUAAAUGUAUAAAUUACAGGGGUGGGAAGAUUGGGGUGUGGCGGUCAGUCAAUGAUGGUGGGACGACGACAGGCGGCGCAGCUUGUGCUUGUCGUUGUGCUGCUGCACGAGUAACUGCAGUUCCAUGUGGU